AUGGCCCGACACACGUCGCUUGAGUCCGAGAGACCCAUCAUGGCCAACUCUACUCGUGGCUCCAAGAGAUUCUCCACGGUGAGCGGCAGCCCUUCGGUUGCUCCCUCGGAACGAAGCCUUCCCAGCGGCGAUCCUCGUCUGGCCGAGGUCCACCACCUGCGUGACGGCCUGGAGCGUCUCGAAAACAAGCCCCUUCAAAAGCAGCGCUUCGUCGCCACGGCUGAGAAAACCGAUAACUUGAACAAACUGGCUCUGGGCGCUAAGUUGGAUCGUGCGCUUGGCCGAAGAAUGACGGGCCAGGACGCCGUCAUGCGCAAACCAGUGCUGAACGAGAAAGCUGCGGCCGAGACUUCAGUUUAA